UUUACAGAAACAACAACAAAAAAGUAGCUCAAUACUUUUAUAAAAGUGUGGGCAGCGAGAGUGUGGGACGUCCUUGGGUGAGCCGCGGAGGGAGGGGCGGAGGAAUCUGCACGCGCGGAGGAGCCUGGUUUACCCCGAUGACGCAGUCGGUUGCUAGGAUAUUCCGAGCUGAAAUAUGGCUCUUUAAUCUUUUGCUAAGUUGUUGGACCCGAAAAGUCGUCGUGCUUUGCUUUAGCAACGCACCCCCAAGUGCUCUACAAUUUUUUCUGCAAGAAUGGAGUUUCAUUAUGCUCACCCAGACCUGCUCACUGUGGCCCAUCUCUCAGACCCUGCUUGCUCUCAGCAUAUGCUUGGACUUGGACUGAAUCAAAGCACCAACAGACAAAAUGAUGGCAACAUCAGCGCCUGUUUGGAAGACUCUUCGUGUCUGCCCGGCAGACCCCCUCGCUCUCUCUCACCCACAGGCUAACCACAGCCAAUCACAGGGGUGCAGGGGGGAGGUGUCAGAGGAGAGUCAGCACUUAAUUGGUGAUGGUAACACUGACUGGAUGACUGAAGAAGUGGAUUUCUCCUCGUACCUCCCAAACCCUCCUUCCCCUCCCUCCUCUACUAAUGCCUCCCUUCCCCCUUCACCCCUUCAGAAUGAUAUCCAGGUGCCCUCUGACUUGGAGGUCAUGACCUCUCUGCUGCAAGAGGAACUCGCCCAACUAGAGGACUACUUCCUGUCUGAGCCACUGCCCGAGAAAGGGCCGAGGCUGGGAAAAUGCGACAGGGGUCCACUGCCUGCGGGUCCUCCGCCAUUCACUCAGCUGCCAUACGCAUCAUACGCUACAUCCAACCAAUCGGAAUCCAGCCCACUUCUUGUUACCUUGGCAACCGGAGAACUGGACCUGCUCAGCAUCUGUGGCGGGCCCAUUGGGCGCUCCAAAAUUCCAAGACACACCCCAUAUAGCUGCAGUCGACCCAGUGGGUGUGGUAGGAAAAGAGUUCCUGAUGGUUCGAGGUUCAGCGAAGGCUAUGACAGCAGUUUGUUGAGUUCCAAAGGAAGUAACUCAGGUAACUCAGCUGUGACCCUUACAGGUAAUUAUGGCUGUGUAGAGGACGACCAGGUGGUAGGGAAAAGCUACUGCUUGGGUAGUGCGGUUGAGCUCAGACGAUGUGCUGUUAUACCAAAAGAAGAGAAAAAUUGCUGUUUCACUCAAGAUGUGAUAGGUGGUGGGAAGAUUGUUGGUGGUGGAUUUGGCUUUGGUGGAUCACUGGAGGUCCCCCAUAAGAAAGAGGAUCUGUUGAUGUAUAGCAUGAGGGAAGUCAGCGGAGGUGCUGGUAACAGUGAUGUGCUAAACAGUAUCAAAACUAGUGUGGAGGUGACAAAAGCCACCGUUUCUUGGAAAGCCGAGAGCAGCGAAGGUUGUUAUCUUCCAACAACAGCACAGUCUGAGGCCUACCAUAGCUUCUUGGGCAACAUCAAUGAGCAGGUGAAAACAGAGAGUCUACAGAUAGCUCAGCAUGAUCUACACUGUAAUUUCCUUGAGGAUCAGGGCCCAGAGUGUCUUUUAAUGGCUAGGGAUAGUUUGAACCUGGAAUCUUCGGGGCACAGACAAGCAUGUCGGCUGAAGGAAGACCACUGUGCAAUGAAAUACGAAGUGGACAUCAUUCCAGGCGAAGGCGGGGAACGCAAACAGAAGAAAAGAGAUCAGAACAAAACUGCCGCUCACAGGUAUCGCCAGCGAAAAAGGGCGGAGCUCGAUUCUUUGGAGGAACAACUGCACUGCCUUGAAGGGAGGAACCGGGAGCUCCGGGACAAAGCAGAGUCCGUAGAACGUGAAAUCCAGUACGUUAAAGACCUGCUGAUUGAAGUUUACAAGGCCCGUAGCCAAAGGCUUAAGCAGGACACAACAGCGUAACACCAAGCUUCUGCGAGUACACUUAGAGAGAGCGUAACAGGGAGAAUCAGCAGCUCUUUCUGUCUUUAAGUUUGUCCUGAAUCAAAUGUUAAUUUUUUUCCUUUUUUUUUUAUGUAGCGAGGGGUUAAAAGCAUGCUUUGCUAAUAUGAAAUAUUUUUUACAUUUUAAAUCAACACUAUCCAAUUCUUCCAUCGCUUUCGUACUCGAAUCACUUGAGCCGGCACUGUGGCAUAGCAAUGCUUUAAGAUGACAAUCAUUUUCAAUAGCUCUCGCACUUCGUGAAUCUACUAUUGAAAUAAGGUAAUUUCAGAAGUAAUGUAACUCAUUAUGCAGGUUUUAUAUUUGUAAUAGCCUUACGUUAAAAUUGAUGUCAGCAAUAGAAACUCAUGUUUGUUUGAGGGGUUUUUUUCUUUCUUUUUUAAUUAUUUUCAUGCUCAGUCGCUGGAUCACUAGUUGGUGGUGAAAUGCUAACAUUUCAGUGUGGACAAAUAUUUCAAAUCAACUGUGUUUAUGCAACAGCAAAAACUGUAAUUGGCAUUAAUACUAAAAUUAUUAGAACUGACCUUGAAUAUCCUUUGACUUUUACAAUUGCAGAAAGAGCGGCUAACGUACAAAGGAGUCGUGAAACUUUAUUGUGUAUUUUGUUGUUUGUUUUUCUGUAAAACAUUUGAUUUGCUUCUAGUUUAUUUCAGUCAAUAACAGAAUUAUUUUAUUUGUAUGUUUAGAGUAUUUUAGCCAGCUUUGUUGGAAACAUUACUUUGUCUUCUGUAUUUACAUUUGUUUAAUUUUCAUCCCUUUAAAUGUAACAAAUAUAACCUUUGCUAUCUUUCUUUUAGCAAUGGCUUCAAAUAAUGUCUGCAUUAUGCAUUCUGUGACCAAAACUUUUUUUUUUCAUAUUAUUUUUAAAUGUGUAACAUUUUAUCAUGUGGUGGCAGUAAGAUAUUCUUCCCUCGCAUUUUGCAAAAUGUACAAUCUGUUUUGCAGCUCAGGAUACAUGUUAAUCCGCCAGUUCUACAAACAUCAGUAGAUAAUCAUGGGAGGAGAUUACAGACUUGAAGCUUGCAGGUUUUCCUCAUAUAAAACUGUUUUUUUUUUUCUUCUUUAUUUCCCAAUGUGUACAAAUAUUGUAACUAGUAUCAUUCUAACAGCCUUCCUCUGCAUGCCUUUGCAUAAAUGUACUUUCUGGAAUAGAACAUUUAGGGUUUCAGAAAUAAUUCUCUCUCUAAACUGCUUGUUAAAGCAAUAAGUUUUAUAGGCCUCUGGCUGAUCUGCACUAAUUUGUAACAACUUUUGUAUGUUCAGGGAGUGGAGUGUGUUAACCUUUUCUUUCUAUAAAAUUACUGGGGGAAAAAAUCCUAAUUUUGUUGUUUCUUAAAGCUUUUGCAGCUUUAGCUUUGGUGUAAGAGGUCUCAAUUCUUUUUUUUUCAUAUAAGCAAAUAAUCAUUGUUACUGUCAUUUGCUCCAUGCUUAUACCAAGGAUAGUUUUUUUUCUAUGCAUAUUUAUUUUAAGACAAUCUUGAAUAUAACAGCGAAACUAUCGUAAUUAUUUAUGGGGUUUAAUUGGUGCUUCUUUUUUUUUUUUUUAGCCCCCUGCGGUGCACUUUCAAUCCCGAUGGUUAAACCAAAAGUGUGUACUAACAGCACAUUUAGCGCGUUGUGUUUU